AUGCCAACCAUCGAUAAACCCCACCGAAGAAGAAGAUGAAGCUCGUUCGUGUUUGUUUUGACUGCUAGCAUGCGGCUGGAAGUUAGCUAGCACAACAAAACCAAUGCACGAUUCUUGAAGCGAUAUGGUUAUUUAAUGUAGAAAGUAACGUUAUAAUGCGCUGAACUAAUACGUAUAAAUACAAGUUUUGAGAUAAUGUAAGUAGCUCACUUUCUAGGAACGCUUGCGAACAGUUCCAGUCGACUUGAAUGAAUGACAUGCUGGAGUACUAACGUUAGCUAGCUAAAUAAUCUGGCAAACUCCACCAAGAUAUUGUCAUUUAUUGUAAACUGUAACCGUUACCUAGCCUAUUCGUUUACUUGUGGACCGUGAUGGCUGCAAACGAACUUCAUAAAAGCUACCUAAGCUAACUAGCUAGCUGUUAAAAGCCAGCUAGUAACGUAGCUAGCUUAGCUACAUAUCUCGCUGCGUUCAUCAGAUGUCAACAAUGCCAUGGGCAAUCAGCUGUUCAACACCGUCAACUGAAUCAUUUCUAUCCAUGCCCGUUUAUCAACUGUAAGCUAAGUCGAUCAAAAUGAGGAUUCUAAGGGCCUUGAUGAGUAACGCCGCCUCCAUGGGAAAGCAUAUUGAUUACUACUCCAGGUUCUCCCCUUCUCCCCUCUCAAUGAAACAGUUCUUGGACUUCGGGUCUGGUGAAAAUGCAUGCGAGAGAACAUCGUUUGCAUUCCUCAGACAGGAGCUACCUGUGAGGUUGGCAAACAUAAUGAAGGAGAUCAACUUGUUACCUGAUAAUCUGCUAAAGACUCCAUCAGUCCGGUUGGUAGAAAGUUGGUACAUGCAAAGUCUUAAAGACAUUAUUGAGUUCAAGGAGAAAGAUGCUGAUGAUGAGAAAGUAACAUAUGAUUUCACUGACGCUGUUAUAAAGAUCCGAAACCGUCACAAUGACGUCAUCCCGACAAUGGCCCAGGGGGUUGUGGAGUACAAGGAGACCUAUGGCACAGACCCCAUCGUCAGCCAGAACGUUCAGUAUUUCCUGGAUCGCUUCUACAUGAGCAGAAUAUCCAUCAGGAUGCUGCUUAACCAGCACACCCUGCUCUUUGGUGGGAAGGUGAGGGUAAACCCAGCGCAUCCUAAACAGAUUGGCAGUAUUGAUCCGCACUGCAGUGUUACUGAAGUAGUCAGGGAUGCGUAUGAAAAUGCAAGAAACCUUUGUGAUCGGUAUUAUAUGAACUCUCCUGAGUUGGUACUGGAAGAAUUCAAUGUGAAAGAUGAUGGAAAGCCAGUGACUGUAGUGUAUGUGCCAUCCCAUCUCUACCACAUGGUAUUUGAACUUUUCAAGAACGCCAUGAGAGCCACCAUGGAGUUGUAUGGCGACUCUAUGGACUAUCCUCCUGUACAUGCCCAGGUUGCCCUGGGGAGUGAAGACCUGACAGUCAAGGUGAGUGAUCGUGGAGGAGGGGUCCCUCUAAGGAAGAUUGAGAGGCUGUUCACCUACACCUACUCCACUGCCCCCCCACCCAGCAUGGAUGGCCAACGCAGCCCUCUGGCUGGAUAUGGGUAUGGCCUGCCCAUCUCUCGAUUAUAUGCCAGAUACUUCCAAGGUGAUUUGAAGCUGUACUCUCUGGAGGGUUAUGGCACCGAUGCUGUGAUAUAUAUCCGGGCUUUGUCUACGGAGUCCAUCGAGCGGCUUCCUGUUUACAACAAGUCAGUCUGGAAGCACUACAAGACCAUGCACGAGGCAGACGACUGGUGUGUUCCAAGCAAGGAGCCCAAGGACAUGACAACGUUCCGUAGUUUUUAGGCCUAGAUGCCUCCUGGUUAGACGAGCGUCA